AUGAAAUACUCUUUAGUUGCAGCUUUCCUGGCUUUGCCUCUGGCUUUGGCCGCUUCACUUAAAUCCGUCGUCGUCACUUUCCCCAAGGGAACGCCUGACUCGGUGAUCAACCAGGCCAAACACUCGUUGGUGGCUUCAGGAGGUGUGAUCACUCAUGAAUACAGUCUGAUCAACGGCUUUGCUGCCGAGGCUCCCGCCAGUGCAUUGCAGACCCUCUCCACCCAGGACGCCAAAUACAAGCCGGACAUCGAGGAGGACAAGGUGGUGAAUGCGAAUGGAGAGUAUGCCGCCGCAUUCUGA